CAAGCCUGGCCGUCCACUUAGCACUCCUUGCCGCCCCUCGUCAACACCUCCACACCUGGGAUCCACGACCACCUCUACAUCACCGCAACGAGGCUGCUCUUUCUGCCAUCUGCGUCCACAUCCAACGUGACACGAGUUUGCCUGGUGCAUUUCCCUACUUCCUGAAACGCAGAGAAUACCUUACUUGACGACAAACCCACAAACGACUGCCGGUUCUACGUUCCGAAUCGCCCACAAACAUACUCCUCACGGCACACUUCACUGUUUGGUGGGGUUGAGCUCGAUCGUCCCACCGCCUGUGUCCCCUUCAACGUCACAACAAUCAACCUUCCCGAAUAGCAUCGUCAAGCUGGGGAAGCGCAAACUCUCCAACGGGGAGACACCUGAUCCCAACAAAAAAACCAUGGCGGACAAGAAGCUUCCGGAGGUCGAUUUGGUGACCCGAAUGCAGGUCGAUGACUCCGUCGUGGGUCUUACCGAGAUUGAUGAGUCCCUCUACAGUCGCCAGCUCUAUGUCCUGGGUCACGAGGCCAUGAAGCGCAUGGGCGCUUCCAACAUCCUCGUCGUUGGCCUCAAGGGUUUGGGUGUUGAGAUUGCAAAAAAUAUUGCUCUCGCCGGUGUCAAGAGUCUGACUCUCUACGACCCUGGCCUGGUCGCUCUCGCCGACUUGUCUUCGCAGUUUUUCCUCCACCCCGAGGAUGUCGGCAAGCCGAGAGACGAAGUCACGGCACCGCGGGUCGCUGAGCUGAACGCAUACACACCGGUCAAGGUUCACCAGUCAUCAAACUUGGGCGAGAACCUUUCGCAAUUCGAUAAGUACCAAGUCGUAGUCCUGACCAGCCUGCCACUGAGGCUUCAGAUGCUCAUCGGUGACUACUGCCACUCCAAGGGCAUCUACGUUGUGGCUGCGGACACUUUCGGGUUGUUCGGCUCGAUAUUCUGCGACUUUGGCGACGAUUUCACCGUUAUCGACCCAACCGGCGAGACUCCCCUGAGCGGCAUUGUUGCGGGCAUCGACGAGGAGGGUGUCGUGUCGGCACUCGACGAGACCCGUCAUGGCCUGGAGGACGGCGAUUAUGUUACCUUUUCCGAAGUUGAGGGUAUGGAGGGUUUGAACGGAGGCGAGCCCCGCAAGAUUACCGUCAAGGGCCCAUAUACUUUCUCGAUCGGCGAUGUUUCCGGCCUCGGCCAGUACAAGCGCGGAGGCCUGUACCAGCAGGUCAAGAUGCCCAAGAAGAUCAAUUUCAAGAGCAUCACCGCCGCCAUCAAGGAACCUGAGUUCCUCGUGUCAGACUUUGCCAAGUUCGACCGCCCGCAGCAGUUGCACCUCGGUUUCCAGGCCCUGCACGCAUUCGUCGAGAGCCAGGGCCGCUUCCCCAACCCCUUGGACGACGCCGAUGCGACCGUUAUUCUUCGUUCGGCUGAGACUUUUGCCAAGGCUGAGGGUGUGGAGGUCGAGUUCGAUGAGAAGUUGAUUAAGGAGCUAAGCUACCAGGCGCUGGGUGACUUGAACCCCAUGGCCGCUCUAUUUGGUGGCAUUGUAGCCCAGGAGGUUCUUAAGGCCGUGUCUGGCAAGUUUCAGCCUAUCCAACAGUGGAUGUACUUCGACUCGCUCGAGUCCCUCCCGACCAGCACGCCUCGCACCGCCGAGCUCUGCAAGCCCUUGGGUAGCAGAUACGACGGUCAGAUUGUUGUCUUUGGCCGCGAAUACCAGGAAAAGAUUGCCAACCUUCGGCAGUUUCUCGUUGGUGCUGGAGCCAUUGGCUGUGAGAUGCUUAAGAACUGGGCCAUGAUAGGUCUCGGUACCGGUCCUAAGGGCAAGAUCACCGUCACCGACAUGGACUCGAUUGAAAAGAGCAACCUGAACCGUCAGUUCCUGUUUCGACCCAAGGAUGUCGGCAAGAUGAAGAGCGACUGUGCGGCCGAGGCAGUUCAGGCGAUGAACCCCGACCUUAACGGCCACAUUGUAUGCCUCAAGGACCGUGUCAGCCCCGAGACGGAGGAGACGUUCAACGAGGACUUCUGGAACGACCUGGACGGCGUCACCAACGCGCUGGACAACGUUGAGGCUCGUACGUACGUUGACCGGCGCUGCGUCUUCUUCCGUAAGCCUCUCCUCGAAAGUGGCACCCUCGGAACCAAGGGCAACACGCAGGUUGUCCUCCCACACCUCACUGAGUCGUACUCGUCGUCGCAGGACCCCCCUGAGAAGGAAUUCCCGAUGUGCACGGUGAAGAGCUUCCCGAACAAAAUCGAGCACACUAUCGCGUGGUCCAAGGACCACAUGUUUGAGAACCUAUUCAUUACGUCUCCCUCGACGGUCAACCUAUACCUGACACAGCCCGGCUAUAUCGAAAGUACGUUGAAACAGGGCGGCAGUGCCAAGCUGACGCUGGAGACUCUCCGCGACUACCUCACCACCGACCGCCCACGGACAUUUGAGGACUGUAUCGCGUGGGCGCGGAUUUUGUUUGAGAAGGAAUUCAACAACAAGAUCCAGCAGCUGCUGUACAACUUUCCUAAGGACUCGGUAACGUCCAGCGGCACGCCCUUCUGGUCCGGCCCCAAGCGUGCCCCCGAACCGCUCAAGUUCAACCCCAACGACCCCACUCACUUUGCUUUCAUCGUGUCUGCCGCCAACCUGCAUGCCUUCAACUACAACAUCAAGUCUCCUGGCACUUCCAAGGAUAUUUACCUGCGCGAGCUCGAGAACGUCAUUGUGCCGGACUUCUCGCCUGCGGAGGGCGUCAAGAUCCAGGCCAAUGAGAACGAACCUGACCCCAACGCCGAAGAUGGCCAGGCUAGCUCCUUCGACGACAACGACGAAUUGCAGAAAAUGAUUGCGAGCUUGCCUUCACCUAACGAACUUGCAGGCUUCCAGCUGCAGCCCGUUGACUUUGAGAAGGACGAUGACUCGAACCACCACAUCGACUUCAUCACGGCCUGCAGCAACUUGCGCGCCGCUAACUACAAGAUUGAGCCGGCCGACCGCCACAAGACCAAGUUUAUCGCCGGCAAGAUCAUCCCUGCCAUUGCAACGACAACGGCGCUCGUCACAGGUCUGGUGAUUCUAGAAUUGUACAAGGUCAUUGACUGCAAGCAGGAUUUGGAGCAGUACAAGAACGGCUUCAUCAACCUGGCGCUACCUUUCUUUGGCUUCAGUGAGCCGAUCGCCAGCCCCAAGGUCGAAUUCAAGGGUCCCAACGGCAUCGUCAAGCUGGAUAAGAUCUGGGACCGCUUCGAGGUGGCUGACAUCACGCUCAAGGAGCUCCUGGAGCACUUUGAGAAGCAAGGUCUCACCAUCUCGAUGCUCAGUUCCGGUGUGAGCUUGCUCUAUGCCAGCUUUUUCCCGCCGGCCAAGCUCAAGGACCGCCAAAACCUCAAGCUGAGCCAGCUGGUCGAGACAGUUUCAAAGAAGCCGGUACCGGCCCAUCAGAAGGAGGUCAUCUUUGAGAUGGUUGCCGAGGAUGUUGACGGCGAGGAUGUUGAGGUUCCGUACAUCAAAAUGAAGAUGGCGUAGGAUGAAUGAUGUAUGAAAUUAUUUAGUAUCUGCUGUCUAGUCAGGGAGGGCUAGAGAGACAAGAAGUUUAGAAUGACCAGAAACGGUGGUCAGGCCAAUAGGAAGUGGGAACGCGAAAUAGAAAGUCUUGGUAGUUACAUACCGUCGUGGGAUUUGAUGGCCAACUCUUCUGUAUAGGUACUUACCUAUCCCCACUUGCGUAUCUAAGUAGGCAGUAAGCAGGUAAGUAGGAUGGGACCAGCAUAUGGAGUACGUACCGCCGUUACUAGGCCCCAUACCACUAGCGCGGUCAUUUGUAAGCGCCAUGCUGCGGUGAUUUAGCGUGGAAGUGCGCCUGGGACGCCUGGUUUACGUCACCAUUAGCAAUGCUUGGAGCUGUGUGCAAUAGCGAGUUGUA